UUAUGUGGCAUAAAAGAAUCAAAAUCGAGUUGGAAUCUACCAAUUUGAUUUUGAUUCUUUUAUGCCCAUAAUAAAAUCAACGGUCCACGUUUCUCCAAUCUCUGCUAUACUUGUUACUAUAUUUACUUCUUUUUCACUGCCACCCUUUCUUCCACUCAUUUUUUUUUGGCAACACACAAAGACAUAAGCUAAAACACCACAGCUUUGGUCUGGUUGUGGUGGUUUUUGUUUUUUGAAAGAGAAAAAGCUACACAACGAAGUCUCAAGAUGGUAGCACAGGAAUUCACUGUUGAUCUAGACAAGCCCCUUGUCUUCCAGGUUGGCCAUCUUGGAGAAACUUAUGAGGAAUGGGUGCACCAGCCUAUUGUAAGCAGGGAAGGCCCUAGGUUUUUUGAGAAUGAUUUUAUGGAGUCCUUGACACGCACUGUUUGGUGGGCGAUUCCUUCAAUUUGGCUGCCUGUUGUAUGCUAUUGCGUCAUAAAGUCUGCAAGGAUGGGGCAUGCGCUUCCUGAGAUAGCCUUAAUGGUGGUUGGUGGUGUUUUUGUUUGGACAUUGCUCGAAUACACUUUGCAUCGCUUCCUUUUCCACAUAAAAACAAAAAGCUAUUGGGGGAACACAGCACAUUAUCUUCUUCAUGGUUGUCAUCAUAAGCACCCAAUGGAUGGUCUCCGCCUUGUUUUUCCUCCAGCAGCAACAGCUAUUCUCUUGGUGCCUUUCUGGAAUAUGGUCUCGUUGUUUGCCACUCCUUCAAUUACUCCUGCUCUUUUCGGAGGUGGUUUACUGGGCUAUGUGAUGUAUGACUGCACUCACUACUACCUGCACCAUGGUCAGCCUGCAAAUGAUGUACCAAAAAAUCUCAAGAAAUAUCACAUGAACCAUCACUUCCGGGUCCAAGACAAGGGAUUCGGAAUCACUUCGGCGUUGUGGGACAGAGUUUUUGGAACACUUCCUCCAUCAAAAAUGGCAAAGAAAAUGUAGAUAAUUUAAUUGAAAGCCUAGCAUUACAUCUGGCAAGGGUCAACGUGGAGGGUCUGAAAUUCAUUUUUCUUUGUUCUUAAGUUUCGUUCAUCGGCCAUCCAUUGAUUUAAAUCAUGUUAAUCCAAGUGUUGUCUACCAGGGUUUUAGACUUGACAUGGACGUCAUCAAUUUUUGUCGUGCCCAUUGCCCCCCGGGAAGUUCUGUAUAAAUUAAGCUUGCUUUUUUAUUAAUUUGUUUUUGAGAAAA